UAAACAAAAUAUUUUUUGCUUCACUCUUUGCCACACCACACAUUUUUACUGAUUUCCUUUGUCUAAAAAAACCGACGCACAGAGUUGCAUGGCGGGGCUUAUUUUAUGCUCGUCAGGCGCUAGUGUUUUCGCAGAGGAAAUCAGAUCUGGAGACCUUUCCCCUCGGGGUGCUCUCCUUAUAACCGGUCUAGCCUCCGAUUCAGCACAGCUUUUUUUUCAAGUAGUGCUGGCCAGAGCCUAUUCAAACAUUUUUUUGCACCCAAAAAAUUUAUAAAAAAAAAAUAAUUUAAAAAUCAGCACCAAAACCUCUGAACAAAAUUUAUGUAAAAAAAUUUUUUGUGUCUGUGUAAUCAUGCGUGUGUGUAUAAUACUUUUACACAUUCCUUUUCUUUCCAUUUCAACAUGGUUUUUUGAAUAACUUUACACAAAUAUAUUCAUUUUAUAUUCUCUUUGACUACAAUGCCCAGCGACACUAACAACAACACAGCGUCUUCGCAGAAGAAGAAGCGCCCCAUGGGUCUCAAAGCUCGCGCGACCAAAAAGCAAAAAACAACCAUCGAAUCAGCCACCUCCUCGGGCGCCCAAGUAGUCGAUGAUUUCGGGGACGAAACCACCGCCACAAUCAUGCUCAAAAACGAUGGCGAAGAAGCCAACGAGCUAGACGAACUCGAAGGAAUCUUCGACGGAGCGCUCGAAGCCCUAAACGCAGAUGAUCCCACCAAAGCUAUUACUUUACUCCGCGGAACCAUCCACGAAUGCGAUCGCAUACUGAGGGUUAACGAUGAGGAGGAGGAGAGCAUGGAUUCUAGGUUUUAUUAUAUUUACGGAAUGGCUUUGUACUGUAUUUCGGAGUUUUCGGAGGGCGAGAAAAUGGAGUAUUUGGGCUUGGCUAAGCAGAGACUCGAGACGGCCGAGGAGUUGCAGGAGGAGGUUGGGUGGAAGGUUAUGGAGGGGCUGGCGAAGGUUGCUUUGGACAUGUUGGCUGAGGGAGCGGAGGAUGUGAGUAUCCAUGAUGUUGUUGGCAGGCUGGAGGGCGCCCUGGGCGCACUCAGUGGCCAGGCCAGUCGCGUGGCAGAGACUCUGGGCAUGGCCGAUAUGGUUCUUGCGCUUGCCGAUAGCAAACGCCUCGAGGAUUUUGCCGCCACGCGUCUGGUUGCCUGGGCGCAAGCUGCCCUGGAGGGUCUUCCCGAGCCCCACGACGAUGCCAUUAAGACGGCGAUUGCCCGCGCCCUGUGGAUUUCUGCCAAUUUAUUGCUCGAGCAGCAGGAUGAGGAGACCGGGGAGGUGCCGGAGAAGCCCAGGCUGAUUGUAAUUUUGCAGAGAGCUGGUGCGCUGGUCGAAGGCAUUGUGGAUUUGGGUGAGGCGCUGCUUUUGCGUGGAGAGGUGUUUUUGAAUUUGGGCAACUUGUUGGACAAGGAGGAGGAGCAGGAGGAGGCAUAUGGGAAGGCUGUCGAGUGCUUUAAUGGCGCAAAGGCUCUGGGCGAGUUGCCUGAGCAGUUUGCGCAGUUCUUGGAGGACUUUGAGAAUGGGGGCAUCGAUGACGAUGAGGACGACGAGGAUGAGGACUAAAUCCGAUA